AUGCACACGCCAGAGCCGCGGCCACGCCACAGCCGCGGCGGGGCCGCCAGUACCACGCCCCAGGUCGACUCGAGCAACGCCACGCCGACGCCGCGGGCUGGUUUUCUGCGCCGCGGCGGUGGCGACGGUGGCGGCGACACGCUACACGGCGCCAUCGCCGCCGGGCCGUCCGUCCUGUUCGACGAGGACACAGCCACGGCCGUUGCCGUCGAUGGCUCUCCUCAGCCCACUCAGCUGACGCAGCAGCAGCAGCAGCUGUAUCCUGGUCAGGCCCGACUGCCGCGCCAGCGCCCGCGCUUUCACACCGUGCAGGACCUUGACGUCGCGCUGAACCAGGCCAUUGAGGGCAAGAUCACCAGCCGCAACGCGUGGGCCAGCAAGGAGGCGAGCGACCUCCUGGAGGGCAUCACGCACACCAUCGAGACGACGCUGGACAACGCGUCGACGGACGACUACGCUGGCUUCGCUAAGGCGGCGACGGUUGUGGAGGGCUGCUCGAAGGUGUGGACGAGCCGCGUGGACAGCACGUAUCAGCGGAGCAACCAGAUGGUGCAGCGCCUGCUACGCAAGGAUGACGCGUCAGGCAAACCGCCGACCGGCGACCGAGACGACGGGGAAGGUGAAGACGGGGAGGAGGGGGACGAGCAGCAGGGCGCGAAGAGCCGCUCGCGUAGCGUGGCGGCCGCGUCUGCCGCUGCCGCACGCACCCUGGCAAUGGGGGCGACGGAGAUCAACUUAGACAGCAAGAGCCGCACGGCGCUCACGCAGACCCACGUCAACGCGCAGUUCCGAGCGAUCACCUCGAAGUUCGAUCAAGGCAAUGCGCAGGGUCUUCUCAUGAACAAUGCGCCGAUGGGCCGGGCCGGCAACAUCAUCUUAGACGUUGACUACUCCGUCAUGCCUAUUUCCGAUGCCGUGGACGGUUGCAGUCGGCAGGGCAGCCGCCGCAUUUCGGGCACCAACGCGCCAUCGCCGUCGGGGAGCAGUGGUGCAGAAGGCCAGGAAACUCAGGCGGGGACGGUCACGCCCUCGCGCGUGUCGCAGCACACCUCCGUUGAGCUCGACACCGCCGUGUACGAGACCGUCACCGAUUUACCCCCGUACCACGGUGUGACCACAGCUGUGCCGCUUACUGGCCACCUGAGGAGCACCCGCGGCUCCGAGUCCUUCCCGCAGGCGCGUGACAGCACCGGCAGAGUCAGUUCUGUCGGCGACGCGCGUGGCAGUCAAGCAAGCGCCAUCGACCCACUGCUGCUCCUCCCGCGCGCCUCGCCCCCGAAGCAGGAUUUGAGUGACCUCGCCCGCGUGUCGCUCAAGUCCGACGCACGUGAGGGCCACAGCGGCAGCAGCGCCACUGCUGAGUCGAACAGAGAGAGUCGAAGUCGAAUCACGUCUCACAGUGACAGGACGGCGGCCACCGCCGGUGGCGAUGAGGCAGCAAUGCGUGCCUACGGCAGUCAGCAGGAGCAGGGGGCUGAGGGCGAGUUUGCCACUCGCGGCAACGACAACGACGACGGUGUCGAUGGCGAUGACGCCGACUUCGAUGAUUGGGGCGGCGCCGGCGACGACGACGACGAUAGCAGGUACUACAACAAGGCAGACAUCAGUGCCCGCACUGACAGUGAAGGUGCCGACCGCGGCGCCGAGGCCCGCCGUCUCGUGUCGGGCGCUGCGGAGAUGGAGCUGAUGGACACUCUCUUCCACGGUCACACCCAGCUGGCUCUUGAGGCAGAAGACCCGACGUUUUGGUGCCCGCUGAGUGAGGUCUCUGCGAACCCGCUGGCUGGCGUGCAAGGGUUCUCGGCGCUUUCUCGGCUGCACCGCGAGCACCGCUUCGCACAGUCGCAGAAAGGCACUGGCGGCGACGACACCGCCCGAAACAGGAGCGGGGGUGAACGAAGCAGCAACCUCAGCAGCCCAGUCGGAGCUCAGCUGCAGCCGGCGACAAAGCGCGGGCGCAAGGAGCGCACCGUGGUGUUCCAGUUGCCACAGUCGCCUAGCUGUGGCCGGGGGGCUGGCGCCAGCGGCGUCGCCUCCGCGACAUCCACGUUCGCGACGGAGUCGAAGUUGCUCCUCGACGACAGUGCUCUGCGUCAGGCGACCACCGUCGCGCGCAAUAUCACUCCGCUCGGCAAGCAGCUCCUCUUCGCGAGGAAUGCCGCGCAGGAGGUGCUGGGCUACACGCAGAGCGCUGUGCAGCGCAGCAAGGCGGAGCAGGCGGGGCUGCUGCUGCCUGAGGCGCCGAUUCGAGGCAAGACGAUCCCGUCGUACAUGCCGUUCCCGGUGCACACGCAGGACUACUUCCAGCCCUUCAGCACCUCUCUGACUCACUGGAACCUUCUGCGCAAGUCCGCGACGGGUCACCUCGUCGACAGCACCGCCGGCGCGCGCAACAACGAAGGGCCGUCGUCGUCAUCCGUGAUGGUGGGGGGCAGCAACAGCGGCAUCACUGGUGACUGCAGCGGCCACAUUGGUCUCGCAACACGCACCGGUGACUACUUCAGUGCCGACGCUCUGGACAAGGAUAACUACGGCGGUGUCGGUGCCCGGUACGGCGGCGACAACAUGCCAGUCGAGUUCUUCCCUGGCGGGGCGGAGGUAGAAGCUCAAGAUGGCGGCGAGGCCGGCGGCGACUAUGCUGACUACGCCGAGCUCUACGGCCCCGACGACAACCAUAGCGACGACGAGGAGAGCCGCUACGUGCAGGGCGGCUUCCGCAGCUCUGCAGAUGCGCGCCUCAUCGCGGAGAUGGAGCUGGCUGCGGCUGCGGCAACAUCCGCGACGGCCUCUGGCGGCUCCUCGACGCGCAGCAGCGGGACCAGCACUGAUUCCCUUCUUGCCGACCCUCUUGAACUGCUGAAGGUGCUGAGCCCACCCGAGGCGACCCUACCGAACCAGGUGGACGUGGUGAAGCUCCGGCAGCUCAUGUGGGAGGCGCUGCAGGGGCCCCUGGCGGCGAACCAGCAGGAAAAGGCCGUGGACCUCGCGACGCUGCGCACCGGCGCCGCAGCGGGGGUAUUGCAGAUAGCGGAGGAAGACGAGGAUGACGUUGCUUCCUUGCGGGAAAACCGCAAGGUGGCCAUGGUGAAGGCGCACGCACAGACGGCGCUCAACGCGCUUCGAAAGCGUGUACGCACGGCGGACGUUGGCAAAGAUGCGCAGUCUGCGCACUGCAAUGAGGACACCGUAGCAGACCCGUUCCUUGCCGCAGAGUCGGCCGCCGCUGCUGCUGCUGCUGCGACGUCGGCGGGGGCGCCACCCACGCGGUUCAGCGACGUUGUCCGCUCCGUCCUGCCACACAUCUCAGCCGUGUCGUCCACCAACACGCUGUCGCCCGCCUUUUUCUUCUUUUCCAUUCUGUUCCUCGCGAAUGAACACAACGUGGUGCUGCGGAGCGUCGUGGACUUGAACGACCUGCUCGCCUGCGGCAUCGCCGGCCGCGUCGGUGAGUGA